CGCUGCACUUUUCAAACAAGACCUCCCAUUUCUGAAAGCAAAGCCAGAGGGAAACUCCCGGCCGCUGCUGAAAAAAAAUAAAUAUAUAUAUUCAAUGAAGCGAAAGUAACCGUGUCAUUCUUCUCCCAAGCAGCCAUGGCCGAGUGCGACCCGCUGGAGAGCCUGCAGAAAGAAGCAUCCUGCUCCAUCUGCCUGGAUUAUUUCAGCGACCCCGUCUCCAUCAACUGCGGGCACAGCUUCUGCCGCGACUGCAUCACGCGAUGCUCGGGCAAAUCGGACCGGAGGUUCGCCUGCCCUCAGUGCCGUGGGAUAGCCCAGAAGAGAAAAUUUCGGCCAAACCGGGAGCUGAGGAACCUGGCGGAGAUCGCCAAGAAGCUGAUCUCGAGGGUCGGCGACGCGGCGCGAGCGGGCGGCGUGUGCCCGAAGCACCAGGAGCCGCUCAAACUCUUCUGCCAGGAGGACCAGACGGCCAUCUGCGUGGUCUGCGACCGGUCCCAGGCUCAUCGUGCUCACACCGUGGCCCCCAUCGAAGAAGCCGCCCAGGAGUGCAAAGAACAUAUCCAAAGCAAACUGAAGAGCCUCAAGGAUGAAAGAGAGAGACUCCAAGGAUUAAAAGUGAUGGGGGAGAAGAGAAGCCAGAAGCAUCUGCAGCAGGCGAGAGCCGAGAGGUGGAAAAUCAUGUCGGUGUUCAAGCAGCUGCACCAGUUCCAGGACGAGCAGGAGCGGCUCCUCCUGAUGUGGCUGGAGGACACCGAGAAGGAGAUAGUGCAGACCCAGAGUGAGAACGACAGGAGGAUCUCUGCCGAGAUCUCCCAGCUGGGCAACCUCAUCCGGGAGCUGGAAGAGAUGAACCCCCAGCCGGAAAAUAAAUCCCUGCAGGAUGCCAGGAGUGCCUUGACCAGGUGUGACACAAGGGCUUUCCAGCAUCUGUCGGAGAAGUUUCCCCGAGUGGAAAAAAGCCUCAAGGAUUUAUCUCAGAAAAACAUCAUUCUGAAGGAAGCCCUGAGGAAAUUCAAAGAGAGUCUCCCAGUUGAACUGGAUGUGCAAUGGGCAAACGUGACUCUGGAUCCAGACACAGCAAACCCCCACCUUGUCCUCUCCGAGGACCGGAGGAGCGUGAGAUGGGACGAAACACCCCAGAAUUUGCCCGACAACCCGCAGAGAUUUGACACCUACUGCUCGGUGCUGGGCCACGAAGGCUUCACGGCGGGGAGACACUACUGGGAAGUGCAGCUGGGGAAUAGGGGAUUUUGGGCUGUGGGGGUGGCCAGAGACUCGGCUUGGAGAAAGGGUUGGAUCAGCCUUGACCCUUCCCAGGGGAUUUGGGCUGUUGGCAUCUGUGGGGACAGGUUUCAAGCCUUCACCUCCUUCGAAACAGUUCAGCCUCUGAAUGGGAGGCCAAGGACUAUCCGAGUCUCUCUGGAUUAUGACAAGGGACAAGUGGCUUUCUUCGAUGCUGAUAACGAGACCUUGGCUUUUGCUUUUACACCAACUUCUUUCAACGGAGAGAAAAUCCUGCCUUUCUUCUGGGUUUGGGAGUCCAAGAUCCAGCUGGCUCCCUGAGACAGCACGGGCAGCAAGAUGGAAAUGUCGUGCUUUGGAGAAGGCUUUGCUUUGAUCCGGGAAACCACACUGUAUUUCAGAGCUCUAUGGGUGGUAGAGAAUAAAGUGAAGGGAACAAGUCCCGGUGUCCACCUUGAAUCUCACAUUCCUGGGGAUUUCAAGAGCGGCAGGUUGAGAAAGGAUCACACUGGGCAGAUCUCUGGAUUAUUUUUUUUUUAAUAUCUGGGUACUCUGAGAUUUUACUAGGGAAUAUCACCCUGGGAGGAGCAGCAAAAUGAAGCCUAUAAUCUAUGCAACAGCCCCGGGCACGCUGGUUUCAUUGAUGAACCUUGAUCUCUGAUAUGAAAUUCCUGCAGGGCUGAAGAAGCUGCCUCUGGUUCCUGGUUUAGUUGCUAGAAAGGAAAAAAGGAUUCCCUUGAGUUAAGUGUCUUAACUGCUACUUUCCAUGAGCUAAAAUUGCCAAAGCAUUGGCAAGAAUGUUGAUAAUUUGAGGCUUUGGAGCUGAAACCCAUCAGUUUCAGCUGGGGUUAUCCAAGUGGUGGGGUGGGAGAAAUCAGAAGCUGAAGGAGUGAAGAUGAAUAGGAAGAGUUCCAACACUGCCUUCUGAAAUUUAUCUAGAGACAUUUGGGUCAGGGAGUUUAGUAGGCAGUCCUCUCUAUAUGUCAACGGUGUGCAAAAAAAAAAAAAAUCUCUAUUUUGGUGUCUUUCAAUAUUUCAAGAGCUUUUCUCUUGCUUGUCAGAGAAAAAUUGGGAAAAUGGUGCUGUGCCACCCCUCAGCUCAGCAAAUCCUGGUGGCUUUUCUGCCCUCUAGGAUCAAGAGAAAACUGCUGGGAUCUUGCAAGGUCUUGGUGGUCUCACGAGCAAUCUCCAGGGACAUGCGAGCAUCUUUGGUGCAUAGCAUCUCUGAGGGGUCUUAGUCUGAAGUCCCACCUCACCCCAAAGGGAGAAAUUGCUUCUGGCACCCAGUGGAUGGGCAGAAAGCUGUAUGCUUGAACCUUUAGGGUCACCCAAGAGAUCUCCAAGUCCUCCCCAAUACCUCUAUAGAGAUACAGGUGUGGUGCUGAGGUCCUUCCAAUUGCCUGGUCUGGUCUUGUCACUCCCAAUAUCUCAGAAGCCCUUUCAGUUCAAGGUUGUCUCCCAUCCCAGCUGCACCAUGAACUCUUUUAAGUGCUCUAACAGGCUGUAAAACUCCUGCUCGAGCUGCUCGUGUGUCACCAGGCCUGCGCUGAUUUGAAGGACAGGCUUUGGAGCCCAGCAUCUUUUAGAGAAGGGUCAAAAUGGGAUGUGUGUCUCCCAUUCUCUUCCUCCCCAGAUGGCUCCAGAAAGAAUAGCUGUAACUUUCCAGCAAUAUACAGAAAUAUUCUGCCUUAAGCCAUGCUAGAGAGGGGCUGGAUCUCAGUUCAGGCAGUGUCUUAGAAGAAUCAUAGAAUGGCUCGGGUUGGAAGGGACCUUAAAAAUAACCGAGUCCCAGCUCACUAGAUCAGGUUGGCCAAGGUCCCGUCCAACCUGGCCUUGAACACCUCCAGGGAUGGGACAUCCACAGCUUCUCCUUGGCAGGGGAUGGGGCAGGAGAGGGGGAAUUCAUCCUCCUCCUCUCUCCAGUGGGUGUGCGAUGCUCAAGGGGUGUAAGGAAAGGGGAUCAUCUCUGUGUCUUCCCCAAGUCCACCUGGAUGCAUGAACCACCACUGACUCCCGAUGCUCCUGUCUUGUUCUCUCUGUUUGUUGUUCUUUACAUGUUUUGGCUUUCCCCUGGCAGAAGAGGAUGGAAGAUGAAAAGCAGAAUGAAAACCAGGAUGAGAAGGGGGCCUGUUCCCUCUCCCAGCUGGAAAAUCUGCACAUGGAAAUACAGAAAUCAGGGAAAGAAACCCUCACCAGGCUUUCAGAGGAGCUGUUGAGAGUGGGCGCAUUGAUUGAGGAGGUGGAAAGGAAAUGCCAGCAGCCAGGAUGUGGAAUCCUGAAGGACAUUAAAAACAACUUGAGCAGGUAGGUGGUCCUUCUAUCAAAACCAAGCAUCAUCCAAGAACAAGUCUGUGGCCAGUGCUGGUGGCUCCUUAUGUGAUCCAAACACCAGAUGAAGCAAAUCAAAGAAUGUCUACAAGGGUGAUGUGUGAUCAUGUUGUCUAUUUUGCUGACUUUUUUGUGCUCUACCAAGUCUACAAUAUGGAAACCCUUGAGCUUGCACAAGGUCCCCCAGCACAUACAAAUCACCCUGGACUAUCAGGAAGGGAGAAUGAGGGCUUUUUUUUUGAUGCUGUGAGCAACUCAAAAAUAUUUAGUUGUCUCCCAGCUUCUUUCAAGGGGAAGAAAAUCCACCCACAGUUCUCGGCAGAUGGCUGCACUCACCUCAACCUUCUUCCCUAAGGCACAG